GUGGGGGUUCUGAGUUCAAAACUACCCGUCGAGUUGCGCCCCCGUCCCCACCACAGCCCCGCCCGGAGCCCAGGUCUAAAGGCCAAAAAGGGCGAUAAGGGGCCUGCCCCCGGGAUGUGGUCCCCAAUGAGGCUCCUGUUCCUCCUCGCCGUGGUUUCACCGAAGGGGAUUGCCCCAGCCCCGUUACUGCUGGACGGGCAGACCUACGGGGCCGUGGAGCCCAUCUUCGGCCUGCACAACCUCAUCCGCCGGUUUGGUCGCCUCCUGCAGCCGCAGGUGGAGCUGGGCAGAACGGUGAAUCUCUUUGAUGAGCUCCUGAACAUCCGGGGCCUCCCUCCAAACUACCACAACGAGGCCCAGUCUCAACAGAAAGUGGGCAAUGCCACAGUCUACAGCCACCGCCAGAUCAACAAGGAAACAGACAACGACACUGGAGAAGUAGUGUUCGAGGAAAAGGUAAUAACAUCCGUGGAAGAAGACGACAUGGGGAAGAGCCCAUCCAUCAAGGAGGAGGUGGAACACCGCCAGAUCCAAAGACCCCAGCUCAGCUCUCCACCCCACAUUGCCUUCUUUUUUGUCCCACUUCCUCGACGCCUGGCAAGAACUGACCCCCCUCCUUCGGGCGGGCUGAAGGAUCACUGGUUAGACAACCACCAGAACCGGCUCAUGGCCCUCCGCGCUGGACUCCGCCAGGCCCCUCGUCUCCACCCCAUCUCCCCGAGGUCUCAUUUCCUCUACUUACUGCGGCCUCCCCGCCCACUCUAGAGAGGCUUGCAGGUUGGGGGCCCAGAGGCACGAGUUGAGAUUACUGGCCGGUGUAAACCUUUUGGAAAGAGUAAAGUUUUAAUGUGAAAA